AUGGCCGAGGCAACAAGAACCGUUGCUGUGAUUGGAGCUACUGGUACCCAGGGCGGCUCGGUAGCACGCUCUUUGCUCCAAAAUACCGAUUUUCAAGUGCUAUGUAUUACUCGUGAUAUCUCGACGUCCAAGGCGAAAGAACUCAAGGCACUUGGUGCCAAAAUCACCCAAGCCGAUACGACCAGCCAUAAAGACCUAGAAGUUACCCUUUCUGGGUGCUGGGGUGUCUAUAUCAACUACACUGUUUUUGGUAUGGAGCCAGAGGUUUCCGAGAACUUGGGCAAGACGAUUUUAUCGAGUGCAGCGGCCGCCAAUGUCAAACAUGUUGUCUUCAGCUCUGAUCCGAAUACCGAUCAAUUAACCGGGGGCCGGGUAACUCUCAGUGCCAUGAGUGUGAAAGCUAGAGCCGAGAAGUGGGCACUCGACAAUCUUCAUUUCGAGACAUUUACACCAAUCUCAGCCGGGUGGUAUCUUGAGAACUUCAUGUCUCCCGAACUGGAGGAAUUCCAUGGUGGUUUUCCCACUAAAAAAGACGAUGAUGGCUACUUAACACUCCGACUCCCAUAUUGGGGUGGGAAAGAACAGGUGCCAUGGAUUAGUAUGAAAGAUGACUAUGGAGACCUUGUUCACGGGAUCUUCCUGAAUCCUUUAAGAUGGAACCUUCGUCUCGUUCAGGCUGUUGCGGAUCCAAUGCCCUUUGAGGACUUGGUUAGGAUAUUCUCACAAGUGACUGAAAAGAAGGCCCGAUUUACCGCAUUCCAAAGCCCCGCGGAAAUGGGAGGAGACUUGAUGGAGGGUCCUGCCAGUAUGUUCGUCUAUACUCAGUUAAGAGAUGGGGAGUAUUACGGAAAUGGGCCAACAGAAAACCACUCUGCUGCUCAGCUUAAAAAUUCCGUGUACCAGUCGAAGGGUGGGAAGGGUCGUCAAACUUUGAUGACUGUUCGAGAAUGGUUCGAGAGAGAAUUUCCGAUUGGGGCUUAA